GGGACAGUUCCUUCGGCAGAACUUGCUCCUGAGCGCACCGGGCACGAAGGAGAUGGAGACUAUUUGGAUCUACCAGUUCCGCCUUAUCGUGAUCGGAGACUCCACGGUGGGCAAGUCGUGCCUUCUGCACCGCUUCACCCAGGGCCGCUUCCCAGGGCUGCACUCCCCCGCCUGCGACCCCACAGUCGGCGUGGACUUCUUCUCGCGCCUGCUGGAGAUUGAGCCGGGCAAGAGGAUCAAGCUGCAGCUCUGGGACACGGCGGGGCAGGAGCGCUUCAGAUCAAUAACUCGAUCCUAUUACCGCAACUCAGUUGGAGGAUUUUUAGUGUUUGACAUUACUAACAGACGGUCUUUUGAACAUGUGAAAGAUUGGCUAGAAGAAGCAAAAAUGCAUGUACAGCCGUUUCAGAUUAUAUUUCUACUGGUGGGACAUAAAUGUGAUUUAGCUUCACAACGUCAGGUUUCAAGAGAGGAAGCUGAGAAACUGUCAACAGACUGUGGAAUUAAGUAUAUAGAAACCUCAGCAAAAGAUGCUACAAAUGUUGAAGAGUCCUUUACAAUCUUGACAAGAGACAUAUAUGAACUUAUUAAAAAAGGAGAGAUUUGUAUUCAGGAUGGAUGGGAAGGGGUUAAAAGCGGUUUCGUUCCAAAUACUGUGCAUUCUUCUGAGGAAGCAGUGAAGCCCAGAAAAGAGUGCUUCUGUUGAUUUCGACCUGCUGAAGAACUACCACAGACAGACCGUGUCACUCUGGAUACAUGUCAACAUUCAUAGCAGAAUGAUGCAAGGAGUGAACAUCUACAAACAUCCAGACCCGUUUCAUAAGCUGAUGGACACACGCUGUGUCUCACCACUUAUACCAACAGGCUGGGUAGUCUGCCAAGACCUGUUUCAUAAGCUGGUGGACACGCGAUGUGUCUCGCCACUUACACCAACAGGCUGGGUAGUCUGCUAGGUUAGGAGGAAAAGGAGAUAACUUUUUUCUUGAAACCAGGGUCUACAAAAUUACAUCCAUUCUCAUUUUGUUAGCAUAUAGUUGGCCUUAGUGACAAGAUAUGUCAGUAUUAAUCAUCUUUCUUGACAGUUGAAGAUAGAUUUUUUUUGUACACAUGUAAUCCAGCUGAAAAGAACGUAUCAGGAUUUAUAUUUUCCUGGGUUAACUAGUAUUGCAUACAAAGUGCACUUGAAGGGCCAAUGAGGUGACUCACUGGGUUAGGAAGCUUGCCACCAAAUGUAUAGACUUGAGGUUCAUCCCUGGAGCCCCUGUAGUAGAAGAAAAGAAUCUACUUCCCUUGGAGUUGUCCCCUGAUCAUGUGCACCCUGUCAUACACAUGCACAUACGAAUACACAUGAGCAAGUACGAGGCCAGACACUAAAUAAUGUUGAAAAUGCAUAAGGUACAACUUGAAUGCUGAGGCUACAGCUCAGUGGUAGAAUGUUUCUUUAGUUCUGAAAACCCAGAUUCAAUCCCCAGCGUCAAAACCAGGGCAGGAAAAAAGCAAAGUACUUAUAAGCAGUCUUAGAAAUACUGACUAGGACUAAAAUAUAGAUUUUUCUCUUUAGUGUAGCAGAGUUGCCAUUCUCAGAACAUAGUAAGUUUUCUAUUCCCUCUUUGUUACUGGGCUUAUUGCUCCUAGAAUCUUCACAUUUGAUAAGGUAUGUAAGUGUUCAAAGGAGAUACUGUAAGCAAACAUUAUAAGGAAAUAAAAAGGAUCAUUCAAUAUCAAAUA